AUGACUCAGAACGGCUCUGCUGGCCCUGACUCAUCCGCCCCUGAGACCGCCGCAUUAAAGAUGCCAGCCAGCCCAACAUCCAGCAAGAAAAUGCCCGGCAGACCGAAAGAAAUGUCUACUCAAGCGGCGGUGCCUGCGGCUCAUCAAGCCCCCAAAGCGCUACCGGACUUCAUUUUGGAGAGGAAUGAACUGUUCGACCAGCUAAAGAAGCAGCGUAACCAAGAACUCGCCAACAGGGAUAAGCCUCCAAUUGAGAUCAAACUCGCUCCCGCACCAGGCCAGGAAACCAUUGUCGAAGGCAAGGCCUGGGAGACCACGCCUGGUCACUUAUUGAAGAAUUUGCCCAAGGAACGAGCCGGCCAGGUGGUGGUGGCUAAAGUUGACGACCAACUCUGGGAUCUAGACAGGCCUCUGGAAAAGGACAGCAAAGUCUCGUACCUCACUUUCGACGACCCCGAAGGCCGUGAUGUCUUUUGGCACUCUUCAGCACACGUGCUCGGCGAAUGUGCCGAGCAUGAGUACGGCUGCCGCCUCUCCCACGGCCCUCCCACGCCCAUGGGUUUCUUCUACGACAUGGCGCUCGAACCAGGCAAAGCCGUUCGUGAGGCCGAGUGGCCGUCGCUGGAGAAUCGUGCAAAGAAGUUUGCAAAGGACAAACAAGCCUUUGAACGCCUCGAGGUUUCCAAGGACAAUCUACGCAAAAUGUUUGGCUACAGCAAAUAUAAGAUGCACUACAUUGAGAAGUUUGUGCCCGAUGGGGAAUCUUCCACUGUAUACCGCAAUGGGACAUUGGUGGACUUAUGCCAGGGCCCGCACAUCCAGAACACUCGCAAAAUCGAGUCCUUCAAGAUCAUGAAGAACAGCUCCGCAUAUUUUCUAGGUGACCAGAACAACGACUCCCUUCAGCGCAUUCACGGCGUCGCAUUUCCCUCGAAACAGCAACUUAAAGACUGGGAGAUUUUCCUCGAGGAGGCCAAGAGGCGUGAUCAUCAGGUCAUCGGCCAACAGCAAAAACUCUUCAUGUUCAGUAAAGUUUCCCCCGGUUCACCAUUCUUACUUCCGCAUGGGACGCGCAUCUUCAACGCGCUUCAACAAAUGCUUCGUGACCAAUACUGGGAACGCGGCUAUCAGGAAGUCCAGUCUCCCAACAUGUACAAUGUAGACCUAUGGAAAACCUCAGGCCAUUGGCAACACUACCAAGACGACAUGUUCCGAGUGCAAGUGAAAGAUGACUCUACCGACCCCAUGCCCUUGAGCGACAAGCAACCAGACGGCAAGACCCCUCUCGCAGAAAUCAAGGACAAAGACAAGGGCAUCUUCGCCCUGAAACCGAUGAAUUGUCCAGGCCACUGCGUCAUGUUCCGCGAUGAAGAGCGCUCCUAUCGCGACUUGCCUUGGCGCGUGGCCGACUUCGGCGUGCUUCAUCGCAAUGAGGCGUCCGGCGCACUCUCUGGGCUCACCCGCGUGCGGAAGUUUCAGCAAGACGAUACCCACAUCUUCUGCACCAGCGACCAGGUUCAGUCCGAAAUCGAGGGCUUGUUUGACUUCAUGUCUCACGUUUAUGGCCUUUUCGGGUUUCCCUUCAAGUUGAAGUUCUCCACGCGGCCCGAAGGAUAUAUGGGUACAUUGGAGGACUGGAACGCCGCUGAAGCUCGCUUGCAGCAAGCGCUCAUAAACUUCCGAGGCGACGACUGGGAGAUGAACGAGGGGGAUGGUGCCUUCUACGGUCCAAAGAUUGAUGUCACGAUUUCUGACGCGUUGAAGAGGGAGUACCAGUGCGCAACUAUUCAGUUGGAUUUCCAGGGUCCCCAGAAUUUCAGACUCGAAUAUCGAACCAGCGAAUCCGGGGAGCUGGUCGCGCAGCAAUCCGAGGAACACCGCGAGCGUGAUCCAAAGGCACCAGGUCCAGGAAUGGCCCGCCCCGUGAUGAUCCACCGCGCCAUCAUCGGCUCUUUCGAACGCUUCAUCGCCAUCCUCUGCGAACAUUUUGCAGGGAAAUGGCCGUUCUGGAUCUCCCCGCGGCAGAUUCUGGUGAUCCCGGUUAUGAAAGCCGCCGAGGAUUACGUGCGAGAGAUUCAAGCGAUAUUCCACAAGGCGCGUAUGUACGUGGACAUCGAUGUGAGUGGAAAUACGAUGCAGAAGAAGAUCCGGAACGGGCAGCUGGCGCAGUACAACUUCAUCUUUGUCGUCGGCGCGAAAGAACGGGAUACCCGCACCGUGAACAUCCGAAACCGAGACGACCCCUCCACACAGAAGAUGGGCGAACUGAUCCCUCUCGAGAAGGCGCUGGAGAGACUCAUCAAGCUGCGGGACUCAAGGAGCCUUGAGAACAAAAUUGACAUGGGCGAAUAG